AUGCCGCCGAAACUUACCCCGCUCCCGCGCAAACCGACGGUUCAGCUGCCUUCGCUUAGCAGUGAGGACGACAUCACGCUGGGCAACCUACGUGUAGGGCCAAGUGGGGUGGAGUUCACCGGAGAGGGUGAUCUGCACGUUCCUCGUCAGGACAUCUCCCUCGGAGCGCUGAAGUGUACGGAGUGCUUAGGAAAGGGAACGCAGGGCAGUGUCCUCAAGUGCAUCGAUCAAAGGGACAAUGCCGUGUAUGCGGUGAAGCAGCUCCCUAUUCCUAGGACCACGGACCGUAUGAAUAAACUUACCGUUGCAGGAGAGUUUCGUAACAUUUUCUCUCAGGGGGCAAACACAUACACUGUGAAGCUUUACAAUGCCUUCUACAGAGCUGGAACACUCUAUCUUGUCAUGGAGUAUAUGGACUGGGGGAAUUUAGAGGAGCUGAUCUCUAUGCAUCCCGUCAUCCCAGAACCCGCGUGUGCCUACAUUGCGUCACAAAUAUUGCAUGCGUUACAAACACUUCACACAAAGACCAAUUAUCCCACCGAAACCGAUCAAAAAGAGCGACGUCAGAUUCAUCGCGAUAUUAAACCUGCCAAUGUCAUGCUUUCUAUAAAUGGUGUCGUGAAGCUUGCAGAUCUUGGCAUCGCCGCAAGCGCGGAAACACUUGGCGUCAACUCUUUUGUAGGUACUGCCAUAUACAUGAGCCCAGAACGAAUUCAGGGGCGGACAUAUAGUACUCCAAGUGACAUCUGGAGCGUGGGCGUGCUCAUCGCCCAGCUGCUGCUUGGACGAUUUCCCUUUUCCGCUGCAGCAACAGGGUUCAUGGCUCUUUUGCGCCAAGUGAUGGAGUGCAAGUCCCUUUCUUUGGUUGACGAGUGUCAUUGUUCACAGAAGGCCGAGAAUUUUAUGAAUAAAUGUAUUUGCCAAAAUCCAGCUGACCGUGGCACCGCCACUGAGCUGCUGCAACAUGAGUGGAUUGUUGAAAAUGUCUCAAAAGGGAGAGACGUUCUCACGCAGUUGUUGGACACUGUGGGUAAACCAGCGGCCCCUGCUAUGAGUAGUGGUGAAUAA